AUGCCGCAGAAGCGCAAGCGGCUCGAUCGAUCAUCAGGCGAAGGAGGCAGACCAUCGCCACAUAACCCAAGCGACGCCGCUAUUGCGCUUCACGAACGAGACGACACCAUGAACCACAUGAACCAGGGCCAAGGCCGAGGCCGAGGCCGGGGAGCGCAUCGAGGUGCCAAUCAACGGAACCCGUCGCGUGGCCACAACAAUCGUGGUCCUCACAACAACUAUCAGCAGAACCAGCACCAGAAUCAGAAUCAAAAUCAGAAUCAAGGCCAAGGACAGAACCAAAAUCAAAACCAGAGCCCAAACCAAAAUCAAAACCAAAACCAAAACCAGCCUCCCGCAUCGCGAAGGCCCAGCUCAUCUUCCUCUCAGCAGGCACCGCAACCAUUCCCAGCAACUCCGAGAGCAUCUAACCCCCCUCCAGCGUCCAAACCUCCUCCUCCUCCGCCGCCUGCCUUCUCACGACCUCCGCCUGCCUCACCUCCGCCGACCAACAUCCCUCCGCCUGAACCUACAUCGGAAAGCGGCCCUCCAGCUGGAUCAAAUUAUCACUAUGAUAAUCUCACAGAGGAAAAGAUCCGAUCGUGGACAGAGCGUGGGCGGGAGGAGAUUGUGCAACAUGGCAUACAGUCGCGAGAAGAUGUCGACAUCACGGAGCUAUCCAGCUUGUUCCAAGAAUUCAUCCAUGCUGUUGUCGACAAUCGGUUGGAGGCCACGGACGCUGGAAGAUGCGUCAAGGAGAUUCUGGGAGAUGAAACGACAGACGGUAUUAAGGAUUCCUACGUGGCCCCCCAUACGCUACUCCUCGACUCGCUAGCCAUUGUUAUGGACAAUGAGCCCGAUUUGUAUCGUCCGGCUCUUCGUGAUUUUCUCAUCGCCACCGAAGUCUCUCCCGCGCUUAUGCGACAGGUGCUUGAUGCCCCCUUGCUUCAGCAGCUUGGCCUUAUCAGGGAUACCUUUGCUAGGUUAGGUGUUAGGCAGGCGACAAACCUGCUCUAUCGACAGGCAAACUACAAUCUCUUACGGGAGGAGACGGAAGGAUACUCGAAGCUCGUCACUGAGCUCUUCACUACUAGCAGCAUACCAUCGCCCUCACCCGAGCUUGCAGAACAAACGUUUGAGAGGGUCAAGGCUUUGAUUGGAACUUUCGACUUGGACGUUGGCCGAGUCCUCGACGUCACUCUCGACGUUGCUGCCGCCGUUCUGAUUAAGCAGUUCAAGUUCUUUGUCAAAUUUCUGCGAAUUAGUUCUUGGUGGCCACGCUCACAUCUUGUACUCAGUUCUAUGGUUUACACCGGCGGCCUACCGACUUGGGCUCAGCCAGAUUAUCCUCACUGGAAUACAACCGAAGAGGAUGAAGAAAUCAACGCACAGCUGAGAUUGGCCCGAGAUACUGAAUUCUGGGCUCGAGCACGCGAAGUCCAUUUGGCAGCGUUUUUCGAACUUGGCGGGCGCGGAACAUCCAACUUGGCAUCCUACCGACCCAAGCUCACAAACGGCAACGCCAGUGAAUCCGCGGCCGAUAUUGAGCAGCAAUGGAUGGAACAAACGAAAACCCUCCCACCGCCAGGCAAUAAGGUUGCUGCGCAGCUCCUGGGAUUCAAACUGCUCUUUUAUAACAGCGAGCUGAGGGACAAGACCGACGUACUCCCUGCCAACUUGCUCUAUUUGGCGGCCCUCCUCAUCAAAGUCGGCUUCAUUUCGCUCACCGACCUCUAUCCUCAUCUCUCACCCCCUGACGAUAACAUGGAGCGUGUUCGCGAAGAGCAAACAAAAUUAAUUGAAGAGGAGGAGAAGGCGUCGCGUGGCGGUCCUAUGAACGCUCUGCUCAUGGCUGGUGUUCUCCCCCAGGGUGACGACGAUAACCCUAUGCAAUCUAAUGCUCCCAGACGAGAGCCCCUGAAAAAGACUGAGCCUGAGCAGAAGCAAUCUAAUACUGAAGCCACUGAGGACAAAAAGAAUCUUCCGGAGCCAUUGGAGCAAAAAGUGAGGCUACUUAUCCAACUUUUGACAAUUGGAGCCAUCCCAGAAUCAUUGUUCAUUCUUGGGAAGUUCCCAUGGAUUCCAGAGGUAUUUCCCGAAGUCCUAUCCCGAAUUCACCGCGUGUUACACGUCUCCAUGGAAAAAGUCUUCAACGACAGCCGCCCAAAACCCUCUGGUGGAGCCGACUGCCCAACCAAGGAAAUAUUCUCGGCGGAUCAGACCGGCGUAGCAAAGGGGAGUGUUCGGCUCGUCAGGCUGCCCGUCAAGAAAAUCUGGCGUUGGCCAUUUCCCGAUAAAUGGGACACAAGCGAGAGUCAAAACUACCGAUUCUACUGGGAUGAAUGGGCCGACAACAUCCCAGUCUGUCAAACUGUGGACGACAUCUUCACGCUGUGUAAUACUUUCCUUAACAUAUCUGGUGUCAACAUUGGCAAAGACGAAACACUACUUUCCAAAUUGGCCAGCAUUGGUGCCAAAAGCUUGACUGAGGACACCUCCGAGUCCAACUAUGCCCGAUGGCAUGACCUCCUUCGCAGACUUCUCGUGCCCGCUCUCAGCCAUACCAAGGCCAAUGUCUCCGUCGUAAACGCAGUUUGGGAGUUACUCCGCCGAUACCCGCUGACAACGCGAUACUCUAUUUAUGCCGAAUGGUUUGAAGGACAGAUAUCCCGUCUGCCCGCUAUGCGAUUAGCAUUUGCUCGUGCCACUGCAGAGACACGAGGAACCAUGAAACGGUUAUCGCUCACCAACAUCAGCGAAAUGGCCAAGCAGCUUGCCAAAACAAGCUACUCUUCUCCUGGAGUCGUCUUCCGAGUUGCGUUUGAGCAGCUCGAGUCGUACCCCAAUCUGAUUGAAGGUUUCGUCGAAUGCGCCAAAUACUUUACCGACCUCUCCUACGAUGUUCUCGUCUGGUCUCUGAUGAACUCCCUCGGCAAAUCUCGAAGCCGCACUCAGGCCGAUCAUGCGCUCACUACUAGCAAAUGGCUUCAAGCGCUAUCCAGGUUCUCUGGUAAAAUCUUCAAACGCUAUUCCGCCAUCAAUCCUAUUCCAGUUCUCCAAUACGUCAAUGACCAGCUUCAACGCGGCAAUUCCACCGAUUUGAUCAUUUUGAAAGAAUUUAUCAACUCCAUGGGCGGUAUUGUCGACUCAGUGGACUUUACUGAUGCCCAGAUCCUUUCCAUGGCUGGCGGUGACCGAUUGCGCCGCCAUACGCUGAUUCGAGGCCAGGAUAAACGUUUUGACAGCGUUAGGAGCUCCAAGCGACUCAUACAGGCACUCACCGACUCUAAACUUGCCGCUCGAGUGCUCCUCAAUCUUGCACAGUAUCGCCAGUCAGCGAUAUACCAGGUUCCCGAAGACGAGGCUCAUAUCAAAUAUUUGUCAGCUCUGGUAGACGAUUCUCAUCAGAUUCUAGUACAAUACCUCGACUUCAUCUGGAGCAACCUUGAGCCGUCCGCUUUUGAUGCUCUGGUUCCCUCUAUAAAUGAACUGCUUAGUUCCUAUGGUUUGGAUACGAGCAUUGCUUUCUUGAUUGGAAGGUCCAGCCUUUCUCACAAACUAUAUCCCUGGGGCCAAAAGGAAGCGGAAAGUUCAAAGGAGAACACUCAGCCAACGCAACAGGAAGCUACUGACAAGGAGGGAGAUAUUUCCAUGGGCGAGGAGUCCAAGGACAAAUCGGGUCUGGCCGUUUCCACAAACGAUGAACAGAAAUUCGACGAUUUGGCGUUGACGCUCUCACCUCUGCAGCCUAUUGUAGAGGUUCUCAAAGAGACUGUACGACCAGAGGUUUGGCAAAAGAUUAACCCAGAACUCUAUGCCGUCUUCUGGGCCCUGCAGCUCGGUGAUCUGUUCUGUCCUGAGGACAUGUACAAGGAAGAAAAGGACCGGCUCGAGAGCGAAGGCCAAGCCAUCCUGAGAGACCGAUCAGACAUGUCCCGUAGAGGCCAAGAGCGAAAGAAUGAAAAGAGACAGGAACUCUUGAAACAGCAGCUCAGCCUUUCUAUGGAGCUCAAGGAACACCGCCAACGGAAAAUCAAGUGGAUGGAAUGCUUGACUGAGCAAUUCCAGUCGAUAUCCCCUGACCCCAAGAUCAAGACUGACGGCCUUUCUGACAUUCUCCUGGAGCAAUGCUUCCUUCCCAGGGCCCUGCUCUCUCCGGCGGAUGCAGAGUACACCUACAAGUUCAUCAUUGCGUUGCACGAACUGAGGGCGCCCAACUUCAAGCUCAUGUCCCUCUACGACCGACUCUUUAACGCAAACAGGCUGCGAUCUCUGAUCUUCACUAGCUCCGUCAGGGAGGCUGAGUACCUUGGGCGAUUCAUUACUUUGAUACUUCGAGAUCUCUCAAGGUGGCAUAAGAAUGAGACGACCGAGAAGGGCAGGCCAAGCAAAGAUCAGCCUCGCUUGGGUGCAUUUGAUAAGGAGGCCAAAGGGCCUAGUGACCGGCCAUAUCUUGGAUUCGCUGUCAGUCUCAAGGAGGACGGGGAACCGGACACUUUGAUGGAGCAUGCUCAGUUCAAAGAUCUCCUGUUCCGUUGGCAUAAGAACUUGAAUACAGCGCUCAAAAGUUGUUUGGCCGGGACAGAGUGGAUGCACAUCAGAAACGCUCUUACUGUUCUCAAGGCCGUCUUGGAUUACUUCCCUGCCAUUGAUUUCAUGGCCACCCAAUUCACACAGCAACUCCAAAAGAUUACCAAACAAGAGGCUGCAUCCAAGACGGCAGCCGAGAACGAGGAGGGCCACCGAGUGGAUCUAUCCGUGGCUGCGCAAGGAGCCAUGUCAGAGCUGCAGAAAAGGAAAUCCAAAUGGGUCAUGGUUCAGGCCUUUCGACCCAAUGCGGGCGGUGCUUCUCAAUCCGAAGUUGACAAGUCAGCUGCAUCAAAUCUUCGACCUUCAGCCCCGGACUUUCAGCCACAGCCGACGAGAUCCCCAGCCAACAGACAGGCUACGGCGGAAAGAGAGGACGGAGAGGUUCAAGAUGGGAAACCACAGUCCACUUCUGCCCUGUCAAAGGACUCUCUACCUGCUAAGCCAUCCGGCUCUAAAAGGGACGUUUCCAUGUCUCGGGAAGACGUGUCUGGACCUCCUCGAUCAGGUACCCCGAUGGGCGGUCAAGGUCCAGGCUCUCUUGGCCCAAGAAAUAAUGAUACUCGCCCUCAUGUGCUGCCUGACAGGCCAGCGCACAACCUUCCUACGAGGCCAGAUGUUCCUAUACCGAGCCACUUCACCCCUGAACGGUAUACUCAGAACCCUCGGCACGAUCGUCGUGAUAUGAGAGACAGAGAUGGCCACAGGCAGCGCGAUGGGCGAGACCCACGAGAGAACUGGGACAAUCGUGAUCCUAGGGAGGGCAGCAAAGACCACCGUGACGCCAGGGACCCCCGUGAUUCCCGAACCAUGGAAGCGGAUAGGCCAGAUCGGUCUCGUGAAUACAUGGACCGCCGUGGCAACGAGAUGGCACCUCGAGACGUUGGCCCGACAGACCUACCACCUCGACCUUCAAGACAACAGGAACGAGACUGGCCGAGAGAUUCCUGGGCAAACAGAUCGCAAGAUAGAUUAAACGAUUCAUCUGCUCAGAUCCCCACGGCUCCUUCUGGCCCAGCUGAGUCAUCUGAACCAGCGAUGAAUCCGCAGAGGGCGGCGCUGUUUGCUCAAGAUGACGCGGAUCGAACAAGACGAGGUCCAGAGCCGGAUCGUGGAGCGCGAAACCGACGACCAGGGCCGCAGGAUUCGAUGGAGUCGAUCAAUCCCGAACGGGCCGCAUUGAUUGACGAUCGUGAUGACAAUGUUGCACACGGACGCGUGAGGGACGAUGGACGAGAGAGAGGGCCUAGAACUCAAUCUCCUCGACGUGCUGGUGGACGAUAUGGCCAUGAGCACGGGCCCCCAUCUGGACCAUACGAAGAUAGACAUGCCCAUCCUUUCCAACAAGAUAACCGGCCUACUGGAAGAAAUGCCCGCGACCGCUCGCCAGCUGGCGGAGAGAACUAUCGCGGCAAUAAGGGGAUGGAGCGUGAUGGAGAUAGAGCCCACAUGGAUAAAAUGCGGGAUGCAUCUUCUUCAGGCUUUCACAGAUCACUGGGACAGGAUGUUGACCACCGGCCGCCGCCUUAUCAAGAUCAAAACUAUGGACGGCUCAACCCGGUGCCCACAAGCACUCCGGACAUUCCAUUGGGCCCGCGGGGACGAGGACGAGGUGCAACGAGAAAUAAUCAACAAGGAGGCCCGCCUGUGAUGUCAAAUAGGCCAGACAGUCGAUAUGGAGCCCCUGAUGCAGGCCCUGCAUCCGGGCGAAAUCGUCGCGGUGGCUAUGAGCAUAGCAACCCCAGCAACAAUAACGGGCCAGCAGCUCCCCCAGCAGCUCCGGAGAAUGUACCCCCUGCACAAGGCGGCAACGCGGCCGCUUCAUCUGGAGUUCACCCUGACCGACUUGCUCAAAUGGGCGGCCCUGGACCCAACGCUCCGCCUCCACCUCCUCCGCCUCCGGGUCCUCCGCCAUACGGGCAUGGAAGCGGACAUGGCCGCCACUCUUCUGGAAACCCAGAGCGGUCAGGACCCAGAGCCUCUACGGGAUCUCUUCCAAUGGAGCCUGCUGUGCCUACUGGCCCUGCUUCUAGUGGUGACAGGUCUUCAAGAUCAGGCGGUGGAAGAAGACAGUUGGCAGGCAUCAACAAUAUGCUUCAGCAGGCCCAGGCCGCCAUGCCAAACGAAGGACGACCCAGCGGACCUCGCGUUAACCCUCCUCGGCAAAUGCUCGGCCACUCGGACGUCCAAGUUCUGGCCGGAGGAGACGUGAUUCCACCUACACCUGAUCGUCCAGAUACGCAGUGGCAUGACUCACCAGCCCGAAGCGGUGGCGGUGGCCCGAAUGGAGAAGAGGGAUCAGGUCGUGGAGAGCACGAACGAGGUCGACGAGAUCGCGGUGACGGCCGAAACGAUCGUUCCAAGCGGUCAUCUCGUCGGAGCAGCCGAGAGCGCGAGAGAGAAGGCAAAGAGCACAAUGAGCACCGAGAGAGGCGGUCUAUGGCGAAUGCCGUUGAGGGCGGGGCUCGAGAAGAUAGAGACGCUCGCAGGUCGACCCGAGACGGCAGCUCGCGGGAUGCAACAGCAAUGCCGAGUAGCGGCCGAGAGUCGCGACAUAGGGGCGAAGGAGGGCUCGGGAACAGAGGCGGGGACGAAAGGAGUGGCAAUAGAGCAAACCGAGGAAACCCCAGAGAUGGAACACAGCGUACGGAUGAGCAGCGGAGGGAGCAUAGGGAUGACCGAGGACGCAAGAGGAGAGGAGAAGAAGCCGAUGGGGCGUUGUCGAGCGACCGCGAAAAGCGAGCACGACGGUAA